ACGCGGGAUGCCCAGCUGUCAAUCAGGCGCGGGCCGAGCUCUCCGAGGCGGAGCGGCGGCUGCAGCGGCGGCGGUGGCGAUGGGACCCCAGCGAGAGAUCUGCGGCUAGGCUGGCUGCACUUGCUCCACGGGUCAGGGGAUCGGAGGGGCAGGAUUGAAGAAUGUGUCAUUAAAAAGAAAGAUCAAGGAGUAAACAAGAAGAAGAAGAAGACUUCAAAGCUGGGAAGGAUGAGUUCUUGCAGCAAUGUGUGUGGGUCCAGGCAGGCACAGGCUGCAGCCGAGGGCGGGUACCAGCGCUACGGAGUCCGGUCCUACCUGCACCAGUUUUAUGAGGACUGUACCGCCUCAAUGUGGGAGUAUGAGGAUGAUUUCCAGAUCCAGAGAUCACCUAACAGGUGGAGCUCAGUAUUCUGGAAGGUCGGACUCAUCUCAGGUGCAGUCUUCGUGAUCCUCGGAUUGACUGUUCUGGCAGUGGGCUUUCUUGUGCCCCCUAAAAUCGAAGCAUUUGGUGAAGCCGAUUUUGUGGUGGUCGACACGCAUGCUGUCCAGUUCAACAGUGCUCUUGACAUAUAUAAGCUGGCAGGAGCCGUUCUCUUCUGCAUCGGGGGCACGUCCAUGGCAGGGUGCCUGCUGAUGUCAGUGUUUGCAAAGAGCUACUCCAAAGAAGAAAAGUUCCUCCAGCAGAAGUUUAAAGAACGAAUCGCAGACGUCAAAGCCCACACCCAGCCCAUUACAAAAGCUCCGGGGCCAGGGGAAACGACGAUUCCAGUCACUUUGUCCAGGGUUCAAAAUGUCCAGCCUCUAUCGGCAACCUGAAAUCUUUCCCACCCCAGUUCUUGUCUGAUUUAUGCCUGUGGUUAAAAGCAGCAGGCCGAUUUUUGAGAGGAAGAAGAUGUGGCAUGGACUGCCCCAAGGCUGUGUUUAGCUGUGGGCAGCACGGUGGGUGGACUCACACUUGCCCAGUCCAGGCGGCUCUGGCAGAGGUCAGUGCCAUGCCUGAGUCUGUGCACAGGCAUCCAGCUGCUUAAGACGGGUGCUUCCUUGUGCCUGGCCACCAGGAGCCCCUGGAACUCCUCUUUCAUAGAUUGUGACUCUGUGUUAUUUUCCGUGUUAUUUGAAAGUGCCGAACAGUUUAGACCAGCUCACCAAUGGCUAAUGUGGUUCACUUUAUUUUCUAAUGUUGGUUUAUCUAAUCUUUCUUUCGUGGUGCUGUCUUCCAUUCCUGUCUCUCUACGUGUAAGAUUUUGUCAUGUGUGUUCAUAGAAACGUGGAAUUUUUUUAUUUUGAUCUGAGUAUGUCUUUUAACUGUAUCAUGACAUGAGGUUCCUGACAUUGAAUACAAAGUUAUCAGCAUUCACAAA